UAUGUUUCUAUCUAGAGCGCACCUUUAUUUGGGCUGAGUAAAAGUUAAGUUGUGCUGCUGCUACUAUAUUAGAGCCAUGGCUAUGAGAGUGUUGGUGGGAUGUAAGAGAGUGAUUGACUAUGCCGUGAAGAUUCGAAUCAACCCCACUAAAUCUGGAGUUGUGCGGAAAGGUGUGAAACACUCAAUGAAUCCAUUUGAUGAAAUAGCUUUAGAGGAGGCUGUUAGGCUGAAGGAGAAGAAAGUGGCCAGUGAGAUUAUUGCAGUCAGCUGUGGAACUCAACAGAGUCAGGAGACGCUGCGGACAGCUCUGGCCAUGGGUGCUGAUCGUGCAGUAUUGGUAAAAUACGGGACUGAGGAUGAACCGGAUAUGGGCCCUCUGGCUGUGGCCAAUGUCCUCGCUAAACUGGCAGUGCAGGAAAACGUGGAUCUCAUUAUACUCGGAAAACAGGCUAUUGACGAUGAUUGCAAUCAGACUGGCCAGAUGGUGGCCUCUCUACUUGGCUGGCCUCAGGCUACCUUUGCAUCAGAGCUAACAGUGGACGGACCCAAACUAGCCAUCACCAGAGAGGUUGAUGGGGGCUUAGAGUCCAUCAAGGUCACGCUACCAGCUGUAGUGACUGCUGAUCUGAGACUAAACGAACCUAGAUAUGCCACAUUGCCUAAUAUUAUGAAAGCCAAGAAGAAGCCUCUAACCACACUGGACCCUGGUAGCCUUGGAGUGGACAUUGCUGACCUCACAUCUCGACAGGAGGUGCUCUCUGUAGAGGAUCCGCCAGUACGAGAGGCAGGGUCAAAAGUCGCCAAUGUUGAUGAACUUAUUAGCAAACUGAAAGAAGCUGGAGUUGUAUAAAAACAGUUAUAGUAGCUAUAAGUAUAAUGCUGAAUUUUAUUAAUAUUUAUCUGGCAA